AUGGCUGGCAACUCCACGUUUCCGUUCACCAUCAAGGAACAUCUUAUUGAUGGACAGCAUAUUCGCGAAUACCCGAAUGCGACGAACAAGCCUGGCCCUACGUUUAAAAUUGCCAUCAAAAAAUACACACCGAUCGUUAAUCCCAACCCGCAACCCGGGGACGUCACGAUCAUCGGUGCUAUGGAUGUGGGUUUCCGAAGGCACUUCAACCUGAGCUGUACGAGCCUCUCUGGGGAUAUUUGUUCGUCCGAUCUCGUUUGGACGGCAAUAGAAUUCGAUGCAUUUGGAUUGCAGGCAUCUCAAACCUCGGUGCCAAUGGCAUUUGCAACGAAAGGUCUCUCGCAAAUGAUCACGACAUCUUGUUUGGGUCACAGCCGUGAUCUUCUGCACAUGGUUAAUACCUUUCGCGAUGAGAUGCCCGAAUCCAUUGUCGAGGUGAGUCAUAGUAUGGGAGCAGCGCAACUACAUCAUCACGGGCCGAGGCCCCAUCCUGGCCAUCAUGUCACUGAAGCGACACGACACCUGGAUCUCGCAGUCAGCAGCAAUCGAAACUGCGCGAAAACAUACAAGCAAUGGAAUAAGCGUGGUCUCGAACGAUGGAUUCAAAACGCCUAUCGGGAUCUACCAGCGGAAACCGAAAAUGGUUCGAAGGAGCGACUAAUUACCCUGGCAGGCUGCAAGCAUCAAGAAGUUCUACAGUACCUCCGGCCAGAUCCGUCUGACUACAAGCUCGUUGGUGAAUGCGAUGCCGAUCAUACAUCCUUGCCUACCCAUGACCCCUGCAAUUACCCAGACAUCAUCGGCCCCUCGCGCGCAACCUCCCUCCUCUAC